UAAUUUUAGCAGAAACUCUAAAAACUAUUGGGAGAGAAAGGCAAGCAAUUAGACCCUGCCUUCAAAGAAGACAUUUGUGAAAAAAAGGUUGGGGGAGGGACUGGAAACCAGAAAUUGCCAAAUAAAUUUUAAAAUCCACUAAAUCUUCUCUUGGUAAUUUUAUUUGUAAAAAAAGAAAAUUCAGUUAAAGUGCUUUAUAUACUGAAAUGUUUGUAAAAAUAUAUUCUCUAUGGAAAUAUAUUCAAAAGAACUCCACAUGUUUAACUUGGAUUGUUUACUCUCUAGAGGAUGGGAAGGGUCUCUAGGGGGUGGGGAGGGGAAGAAGGAGGGGAGAAAAAUUAAAAAUUGUCUUUGUAUGUAUUUGGAAAAAAAUUUAGCUUUUUAAUAAGAGUAGGAACAAAAGAAAUGCAUUGCAUUACAUAAGACACAAGGCAGUUCUUCAGUUAUUCCCAGUAGUAGCAUUUUAGCUACAAUGCUCAAGUUGCUUGUGGAGAGGAUGGACUAGAGGGAAGGAGACACUUUGCAGAGAGACAGAAGUCACUGCAAAUCAAAAGGUCACAAGGACCCCAUUGUAGUGGUGACUUUCCUCUUAAAGCAGAGAGUGAUCAUUGGAUGUGCUCUUGAAUAUGUUCUCAUGGGUGUGGGUGGAAUUAAAUGACUAGAGAGGUAGAUAACCUCCAGAUCACAAAUUCUGGAAUUUUCUAUAAGCAGACUGAAAGGGAAAGGAGCAGAGGAUUGUUGAUCAGUCUUGGGAACUGAUUGGGUGUGGAAGGGAAAAGGAAAGAAUCUGGCUACAGACAGUGCUGCCUACAGAAGGUCUAUGCACAAAUUAGAUUUGAAAAUCCUUGAGCUAAACCUCCAUGUUUUCCUAGCAUUGCUCCUUGCAGACACAGGAGCUCUUUCAGCUUGGUGAAAACCUGAAGGUGCCAACCAGAGGUGUGAACUCAAGGGGUGGGGGGAAGGGUGCUACAACCAGAAAGAGUUGACAGGUUGAGCUGCAGGAUGCUAGGCCAGGGGAUUGACACCUCUGGGAGGCUCCAGGAGGGCAGGGCUACCUCCUAUAAAAGGAGAGCAUCCUUCUGCUCAGAAGCAUUGCCUUGACUGGCAGUGGAGUCUCUUCAUCUCAGCUGCUGAGAAGCAACAGGAGAGAGAAGAAUGGAAGCUGCUGUAGAAAUGCUGCAGAAAAUGCAGACUGAUGUCACCUGCAGCAUCUGUAGGAACUACUUCUCUGAGCCGGUCACCCUCCAUUGUGGACACAGCUUUUGCAGAGAAUGUCUCUCCUCCUGCUGGAGGGCAGCAGCAACCCAGGCUCUCUCUUGUCCUGAAUGCAGGCAAGUGCCCCAGAGCGAAGCAUUACCCCCAGUCAAUGAGCGCCUAGCACAGCUGACUGACCUGGUCAAAAGGACGGGCUUCCAGGUUCUGCAGAGCACUAAGGGACAGAGCCAGUGCACUCUUCAUGGGAAAGUCUUCAAGCUCUUUUGUGAACAGGACCAGACUCCACUGUGUGUGGGAUGCUGUGAAACUGCAGAACACGGGGGUCAUGGGAUCUCUCCUGUAGGAGAGGCUGCUCCCAAGUACAGAAAACAGCUCCAGAACAUGCAGAGAAAUUUGGGGAAACAUUUCGAAGAAACUGAGAGCCUUCUAGCUCAGCAGAGCCCUGUGUAUUGGAGAAGUAUGAUUAAAGAAGAAUACCGCAAACUGCACCGCUUAGUGAAAGCACAAGAAUCCAUCUGUAUUGAAAGGAUAAGACAAGAUAAAAGGGCAAGGCAGGACAGACUAACUCAGCAGAUACAAACUCUUCAGAAGCUCACACUAGAACUGCAGGAAGCAGGCGACCUACCAGAUCUGGAUUUGCUACAGGAUGCCAAGCAGUUGCUGGAAAGGAGUGAGUCAGAGCUGUCCCAAAGGGCCACGACUGUCCUCCCAGAGCUGAGAGAGUAUCCUAUCCCCGGCCUGAUAGAGAUGCUCAAUCGAUUCAGAGUGGAUAUCAGGCUGAUCGCCUCAACAGCCACUUCCUAUGUGAGUAUUGCUGAGGAUCUGAGGAGUGUGACGGCUACAGAAGCCUGGGCGGCGCUCCAGCAUCUUGAAGACUCCGAAUGCUAUGCUGCUGUUGCUAAGCAGACCUUCAGCUCCGGCAGACACUACUGGGAGGUGGAUGUGAGUCAGGUACCUCAGUGGGUACUGGGGAUCUAUACCACCUACUUGAGGAGAAAAAGGGGCAGAGACAUGGACUCCUUUGAUUUUGCUUUCUUGCUUCGAUGUGUCAAGAAGGAAGAUGGUUAUUAUAUCAGAACCUAUUGUGGAUCACUGAAUCAUCGGUUGAAAGGCCCUAUACCCAGGGUUGGGGUCUACCUGGAAUAUAGCCCUGGAAGUCUUGCUUUUUACAACGUUCUCCAGCGCUCCCUUAUUUAUAAGUUCCACCGCAUUUCUUUCACAGCCCCCGUCAGACCUAUCUUUUGUCCUGGCCCCCCACUUCCAGGAACUAAGCCUGGUCCCAUGACUCUCUGUCCAGUGGACUCCCAUCUUUGUGCUUGCUGCGUUUCAUCUCAGUGAGCGUUUCUCCGAGAGAAGAAGGAGCGCCUAUUUGAUGAUGUAGUGUCUCCCUGCUCACCCAGUGGAGAUUUGCCUCCCCCCCCAGCAAACUGAAGCGUAUCACUCACCAAUGUCUGUACUCUCUUAGUGGGUCCUAUCUGCUUAUGAAUUUUCCCAGUUCGGUUUCAGUAGUUAAAAGCAAAUAAAAAUUUAAAAAAAAAAAAACCCUCAUCUGAGUGCUGUGGUUUCCAUACCCUUACGUGAGGAAUGACUCUGGGAUUCAGAAAGGGGCGAAGUUAAAAGUCCGCCUCAUCACACAUUCGCAGAAGGGCGGGCGCCUCAUUAUAGGGUAUGUGCAUCCCCUGCUGUUUUACCGGAUUGGGGGAGGGGCGGGAUAAGGGCGGGAUCUAGAGAGUGUGGGAGGAGGGAGGGAGGGGCAAAUUUCCAAAGCUUUUCCUCACAGGUCUUCAUUCCUGCUUUCUAAAUUAUCCUUUAUUCUCUUCUUUUUCCUUCCUGGAGUCCUUGUGACUUUAUCUUUAUCUAUCGGGUAGGUAAAGAAUUAAAAUGUAACU